AUACACCCUAUAAGUGGCAAGGGCGUAAAAAGAAUUGUUAAAAAAAACACAGCUCUUUGUUGUUAUUUUUGUUUAUUAAUAACAAUAAUUAAUAGCAAGCAAUAUUGUUAUUAGUAGCAGAGCCACACACACAGAAAACCCGAAUACAGACGGCGCCGGGGGAAUCCCACGUAGAAUGUGAGAAAGAUGCGCAUGCGCGGACGAAGAUUGCUUCCGAUUAUCCUGUCGCUACUCUUGAUCGUCCUGCUGAGUUUCUGCUACUUUUCGGGCCACCUGAGGGACUCCGAUGCCGGGGAGUCCUCCCCCGUGGACCAGUUCCUGCUGCACCUCCCGCCCGAAACAAAGGAGGAGGUGGAGGUGGAUCCCCCGCCCAGUCCAGCUAAUCCCCUCCUGAAUCUCACCGAUUUCCAGUAUCUGCUGGCCAGCAAUGUGUGCCGCAAGGCGGAGAGGGAGCUCCUAGCCAUUUUGAUAGUCACCUCCUACGCCGGACACGAUGCCCUGCGCUCCGCCCACCGCCAGGCGAUUCCCCAGAGCAAGCUGGCCGAGAUGGGCCUGCAGCGGGUCUUCCUCCUGGCCGCUCUGCCCCAGCGCGAGCGCUUCAUCAGCCAGGAGCAGCUGGCCAGCGAGCAGCGGCGCUUCGGGGAUCUGCUGCAGGGCAACUUCAUCGAGGACUACCGGAAUUUGAGCUACAAGCACGUCAUGGGCCUCAAGUGGGCGUCGCAGGAGUGCCGGAACAGGGCCAAGUUCAUCAUCAAGCUGGACGACGACAUCAUCUACGAUGUCUUCCAUCUGCGUCGCUACCUGGAGGCCCUGGAGGUGGGUCAACCGGGACUGGCCACCUCCAGCACUUUGCUUUCCGGCUACGUCCUGGACGCCAAGCCACCAAUUCGGCUGCGAGCCAACAAGUGGUAUGUGAGCAAGAAGGAGUAUCCACAUGCCCUGUAUCCCGCCUACCUUUCCGGCUGGCUGUAUGUUACCAAUGUGCCGACGGCCGAGAGGAUUGCUGCGGAGGCAGAACGGGUGUCCUUCUUCUGGAUCGACGACACCUGGCUAACGGGCGUGGUGAGGAGCCGGCUGGGCAUUCCGCUGGAGCGCCACAACGAUUGGUACUCCGCCAAUGCGGAAUUCAUCGACUGCUGUGUGCGGGAUCUCAAGCAGCAUGGCUACGAGUGCGAGUACUCCGUGGGGCCGAAUGGCGGCGACGAUCGGCUGCUGGUGGAGUUCCUGCAUAACGUGGAGAAGUGCUACUUCGAUGAGUGCGUCAAGCGGCCGGCGGGCAAGACGCUCAAGGAGACCUGCGUGGCGGCGGCCAAGUCGCGGGCACCGGAACACGGAUUGGCCGAGGUGAAGCCACUGCGGCUGAGGUGACCUCGCGGGCCCACCGAUGCCAAUCUCCACCGGCUAAGCCAGCUCAGUAACUAGUAACUAAGGACUUUCAUGUGCAAGAGGACGAGUGAGGGAGGUAUCCUGCCAAACUGGAUAUCGUCCUGCCGUCACUCAACUUAGUUUGUAGCCUAGCCUAGGUAUUGCUAUCAAAAAAUGCAGAAACUUUAAACCAUUUUGUAAUAACUUGUUUAUUUAUAUUGAUUCGCACAGCGCGAGAUUGACAAGUUUCUGUAGAAAUUAUCAUAAAGAUUCUUGGUAAUCUCUGAAUUCAACAAAACAACAGAAGAGCUAACCCAAAUCCUGAUUAUCAUAAGCUUUUUUUGUGAAAAUCUAGGAUUAAAUUGAUUCAUUUUUAAAGUAAAGCCG